AUGGGGGACCCAAGAGACCUCUGUCCUCACCUGGAUUGCAUAGGUGAGGUCACCAAGGACGACAUGCUUUUCAAGUCCAAGGGAACAUGCCAGUCUUGCGGUGCGGGAGGACCAAAUCUAUGGGCCUGCCUUCAGGUUGGUUGCCAUUACGUCGGCUGUGGGGAGUCCUUUGCGGAUCACAGCACUUUGCACGCCCAGGCCAAAAAGCACAAUUUGACGGUGAACUUGACCACGUUUCGGGUGUGGUGCUACGCGUGCGAGAAGGAGGUGUUCUUGGACCAAACUCUGGCUUCCCAUCCUGCAAAUCUGCCUUCCAAAUUUAUGGAACAGGAUGCUCUCCCGCCUGUCCACCCGCUCAAAGCUGUCCCGAUCGCCGUCGCUGACGAAGGAGAAUCGGAAUCGGAAGACGACGACCUGAAACCAAGAGGCCUUACGGGGAUGAAAAACCUGGGGAAUUCGUGUUACAUGAACGCUGCUCUCCAGGCUCUCUCCAACUGCCCCCCACUCACCCAGUUCUUCCUCGAAUGCGGAGGCCUCGUGAGAACCGACAAGAAGCCGGCGCUCUGCAAAAGUUACCAGAAGCUGAUCUCCGAAGUCUGGCACAAAAAACGCCCGAGCUACGUUGUCCCCAGCAGCCUCUCCCACAGCAUCAAGCUGAUCAACCCCAUGUUCCGGGGCUACGCACAACAGGACACCCAGGAAUUUCUCCGCUGCCUGAUGGACCAACUUCACGAAGAGCUGAAGGAGCCGGUGGCGGCCGAGCUGCGCGACUCGGACGCAAGCGACACGGACGAGAAGAGGGAGGGGGACCGCAGCCCCUCGGAGGACGAGUUCCUCUCCUGCGACUCGAGCAGCGACCGCGGAGAAGGGGACGGGCAGAGCAAAAUGGGCCCCGCCUCGGUCGAAGCGGAGCUGCUGAUCCAGGACGAGGCGGGCCGGAGCAUCUCCGAGAAGGAACGGAUGAAGGAUCGGAAGUUCUCCUGCCACCAACGGCGGAGCAACUCGGAGCAAGUGGACGAAGAUGCCGACGUCGACACCUCGGUGAUGGCGGUGGAGGGCGGGGCUUCUCCGGAAGGGCUCCUGCCGCCCCCUCCUCGACCCGCCAGCCCUGUGAAGACCCCAGAGCCAGAUAAUGACGCCUACCCUCGUUGCUCGUCGCGGCCCUGCAGCCCCAUCCACCAUGAUAUGUACGCCAAGCUCUCGAAUCCUCCGCAUUCCAGCCCUGUGAGGCUGGGAGCCUCCUACGUGCUGAAGAAAGCUCAGCUGUUGACGUCUGGAAAAAGGAAGAAAGAGUUGCGCUACCGUAGCGUCAUCUCCGACAUCUUUGACGGCUCCAUUCUCAGCCUCGUCCAGUGCCUCACCUGUGACCGAGUUUCCACCACCGUAGAGACCUUCCAGGAUCUGUCGCUGCCGAUUCCCGGGAAGGAAGACUUGGCUAAACUACAUUCAGCCAUUUACCAAAAUGUGCCAGUCAAGACAGGAGCCUGCGGUGACAACUAUGCCGCCUCGCAGGGCUGGAUCGCCUUCAUCAUGGACUACAUUCGCAGGUUUGUGGUGUCCUGUAUCCCCAGCUGGUUUUGGGGGCCCGUCGUCACCCUGGAAGACUGCCUGGCUGCCUUUUUCGCUGCAGACGAGUUGAAAGGUGACAACAUGUACAGCUGUGAAAGAUGUAAAAAGUUGCGGAACGGAAUCAAGUACUGCAAAGUGCUCCAGCUGCCUGAAGUCCUCUGCAUCCAUCUGAAGCGUUUCCGGCACGAAGUCAUGUACUCCUUCAAAAUCAACAGCCACGUUUCCUUCCCCCUGGAAGGCCUGGACCUGCGGCCCUUCCUGGCCAAGGAGAGCCCCUCCAAAGUCACCAAUUACGACCUCCUCUCGGUGAUUUGCCACCACGGCACAGCCGGCAGUGGACAUUACAUUGCCUACUGCCAGAACAUGAUCAACGGCCAGUGGUACGAAUUCGACGACCAGUACGUGACCGAAGUGCACGAAACGAUCGUGCAGAACGCCGAGGCUUACGUCUUGUUCUACAGAAAAAGCAGCGAGGAGGCUGUCCGGGAGCGCCAGAAAGUCGUCUCUUUGGCCACCAUGAAGGAGCCCGGCCUGCUGCAGUUUUACAUCUCCCGGGAAUGGCUGAACAAGUUCAACACCUUCACGGAGCCCGGACCCAUCAGCAACCACAUCUUCCUCUGCCCCCACGGAGGAAUCCCACCGAAUAAAUACCAUUAUAUCGAUGAUCUGGUGGUAAUUCUUCCCCAGAAUGUUUGGGAAUACCUGUAUAACAGGUUUGGGGGCGGCCCAGCCGUCAAUCACCUCUACGUCUGCUCGGUGUGCCAGGUAGAGAUCGAAGCUCUGGCUAAGCGGAGAAAGAUGGAGAUUGACACCUUCAUCAAGCUGAACAAAGCCUUCCAGGCCGAGGAGUGUCCGAGCGUCAUCUUUUGCAUCAGCAUGCAGUGGUUCCGCGAAUGGGAGGCCUUCGUCAAAGGGAAGGACAACGAGCCCCCUGGCCCGAUCGACAACACCAAAAUCGCCGUGGCCAAAGGAAGCGGCCACAUGCAAGUCAAACAGGGAGCCGAUUACGGGCAGAUCUCGGAGGAGACCUGGAUCUACUUGAGCACGCUCUACGGCGGAGGCCCCGAGAUCGCCAUCCGGCAAAACGUGGCCCAGGUGCAGGAGGUGGAAAGCCUCCACGGGGAGCAGAAGAUCGAAGCUGAGACCAGAGCAGCGUAA